CUGUAAAACGCACUUUGAGAGUUCGGAAAAACAGAAUUAAUGGAGAAGGGAGAAGUGAUCAAUUUGCAGAGAGGAUUUCCUCUACUUGUCCAACAAUUCAACGCUCUUCUCAAGAAGAAUCUCCUCCUUUCAUGGAGGAACAGACGAGCUACCUUUCUGCAACUCUUCUCGUCUCUCUUCUUCAUCUUCCUUAUCUUCUGCAUCGAGAAAGCCAUUGAUGCUCGUUUCUCUACGACUACUUCGUAUAAGAACGUCUUCGAUCCCGAGCCUCUCAUCUCUCCUCCAAUUCCUCCAUGCGAGGACAAAUUCUACGUUAAGCUUCCAUGCUAUGAUUUCGUAUGGAGUGGGAAUGGUAGUGCGAAGAUUCAAUCAAUAGUAGCCAGUAUCAUGGCCAACAAUCCGGGAAGACCCAUUCCUUCCAGUAAGGUUAAAUCCUUUACAACACCUAAUGAAGUGGAUGAUUGGCUUUUAAAUGAUCCCAUGCGUUGUCCUGGAGCUCUGCAUUUUGCUGAAAUAAAUUCAACUGUAAUAAUCUAUGGGAUCCAAACUAACUCAACUCCUAUAGCCAAGAGAGGACAGUUUGAGGACCCCACUUUUAAAUUUCAAAUUCCACUUCAAAUUGCUGCAGAGCGUGAAAUUGCCAGGUCACUGAUUGGAGAUCCAAAUUUUAGCUGGGUAGUGGGGCUUAAGGAAUUUGCACACCCUGCUGUUGAAGUUUUCUCUGCCGUAGGGACAGCUGGACCAACAUUUUUUCUUGCAAUUGCCAUGUUCGGUUUUGUCUUCCAGAUUAGUUCUUUGAUCACUGAGAAAGAACUCAAACUUCGCCAGGCAAUGUCUAUAAUGGGUCUCUAUGAAUCAGCCUACUGGUUGUCAUGGCUCACUUGGGAGUCCUUGAUUGCAGUUCUUUCAUCAAUUUUAACAGUUCUUUUCGGGAUGAUGUUUCAGUUUGACUUUUUCCUGCACAACAGUUUUGCAAUUGUGUUCCUUUUGUUCUUUCUUUUCCAAUUCAACAUGAUUGGUUUUGCCUUCAUGAUAUCAACUUUCGUAAGCAAGUCAUCAUCAUCCACAACAGUGGGAUUUUCUGUAUUUAUCAUUGGAUUUCUGACACAGCUUGUGACAAUUUUUGGAUUCCCCUACAGCACUGAUUACUCUAGAACAUUUCGAAUCAUCUGGUCCUUUUUCCCUCCCAACCUUCUUGCUGCCGCUCUUAAUAUUCUAUCAGAUGCAACUGCUACUCCUCAAGAUGAUGGCAUCAGCUGGCAUAGACGGGCAGAAUGUCCACCAAAGGAUUUAGAUUGUGUGAUAACCAUCGAUGACAUCUAUAAAUGGCUCAUCUCGACAUUCUUUCUGUGGUUCCUUUUGGCAAUCUACUUUGACAAUAUACUCCCCAACUCAUCCGGUUUGAGAAAAUCAUUGUUUUACUUUUUGAAACCUGGGUACUGGACAGGGAAAGGUGGAAACAAAGUGGAAGAAGGUGGCAUUUGUAGUUGCACGGGUUCAGUUCCAGAAUUGGAGAACGCCAGACCGGAUGAUGAAGAUGUUCUUCAAGAGGAAAACAUUGUAAAACAGCAAAUCACUGAAGGUGCAGUUGAUCCAAAUGUUGCAGUCCAUAUACGUGGUCUGGCAAAGACAUAUCCUGGGACCACAAAUAUUGGUUUCUGCAAAUGCAGGAGGGCUUCUCCUUACCAUGCAGUUAGGGGCUUAUGGAUGAAUUUUCCAAAGGAUCAGCUAUUUUGUCUUCUUGGACCUAAUGGAGCUGGAAAAACAACUGCGAUUAAUUGUUUGACUGGCAUCACACCAGUGACAGGCGGAGAUGCACUGGUAUAUGGAUAUUCCAUUCGAAGCUCCAUUGGUAUGUCAAACAUUCGAAGAAUAAUAGGUGUUUGUCCUCAGUUUGAUAUUCUUUGGGAUGCCUUAAGUGGUCAAGAGCAUCUCCAUCUCUUUUCUAGUAUUAAAGGGCUUCCUCCUACUUCAAUCAAAUCGGUAGCUCAAAAAUCAUUGGCAGAGGUGAAACUAACUGAGGCAGCCAAAAUGAGAUCUGGGAGCUACAGCGGAGGGAUGAAGCGCCGCCUGAGUGUUGCAAUUGCCCUCAUUGGUGAUCCAAAGUUGGUCAUCUUGGAUGAACCGACUACUGGUAUGGAUCCAAUUACUCGAAGGCAUGUGUGGGACAUCAUAGAGAAUGCAAAAAAAGGAAGAGCAAUUGUUCUAACAACUCACUCAAUGGAAGAAGCAGACAUUUUGAGUGAUCGCAUAGCAAUCAUGGCAAAGGGGAAGCUCCGUUGCAUCGGAACCUCAAUCAGGUUGAAGUCAAGGUUUGGAACCGGUUUUGUUGCUAAUGUAAGCUUCCUUGGAAAUACUCCUGGACAGUCUCCUAUUAAUGGUGAUGCAUGUGAUCCAACUGAACUUCAUCGUCAAGCUGUAAAGCAGUUUUUCAAAGAUUGUUUGGAUGUGGUACCCAAGGAGGAGAACAAGGCUUUCCUGACUUACGUUAUUCCUCAUGAAAAGGAGGGGCUGUUGACGAAAUUCUUCAGGGAACUACAAGAUAGGGAAAGGGAAUUUGGCAUAUCAGACAUCCAACUUGGUCUUACAACUCUGGAAGAAGUGUUUCUGAACAUUGCAAAGCAGGCAGAGCUAGAAAAUGCUGCAGCUGAGGGAAACUUGGAAACUUUGACCUUGACCUCAGGAACCUCUGUUCAAAUACCUAUAGGAGCCAGAUUUGUCGGGAUUCCAGGAACAGAAUCACCAGAAAAUCCAAGGGGACUUAUGAUUGAAGUAUACUGGUCACAAGAUGAUACAGGAGCCCUCUGCAUUUCAGGUCAUUCACCUGAAACUCCUAUUCCCGCACAUGUUCAACCAAUGRCUUCUUCUGGAGCAACUUCUCAUAGAACAUUCUUAGGCAGGACAGGACCAGUACAUGGAUUGGUGAUUGAUCCCCAUCAAAUAGAAAGUACAAAUUAUCAGUAAUUUUCAUAAAAUUGCACCAAAAACAAAUGUGUGAAUAUCUUGUAAUUUACAUAACUAGGCAAUAGUAUUAUACCCAUUUGUUUCA